AUGAGCAAUUUAGAGGGUCUCAAUGAAGUAUUUUAAAUUUCAAUUGUUAAAACUAGAACUAUAAGUACAAUAGAUAAAAAGGGUAUUUGAAAUGGGAAUUGGGGAAUAAAGAUGUUAAUGGUGCUUUUGAUGCAUAGUAGUCUUAGAUUGAUAAAGGGUUCAAUACAAAAGAAAGAAGAGCAAAUACGAUAGGAUCAAUUACAGAGAAAUCAGGAUUACAAUCUGAAAGGAGUUUAGAUUAAUCAAAUGCACAUGAACAUGUUUGUUGUAAUAAAUUGGAUGAUCUUAGUAAACAAUAUGUAUAAAUAUAAUUAUUAUUCAGUAACUAAUAAUAAAUGAACAAAUGAACAAAUUGUCUGAAUUAAAUUAUCUCAUUUAGUAACAUUCUAAAUUAUUAAUUGAAUCGUAUAAUUAAGGAUUAGAAGAUGCAAAAAAUGCUAAGCACAAAGAAUAGCAGAUAUUAGAAAAUAAUAGAUUACUUAGAGAAAGAGAUCGAUAAAUUUAAGAAUGGGAAGAGAGAUAUUAAAAAGAAAAAAAGAUUGGAGAAGAAAGAGAAGAGGAGAUUAAGUAAUUUUAAUAAAAUCUAUUAAAGAGAAUUAGAAAAUAGGAUUAAAGAAUUAUCAAUCAAUGUUACAGUAACUACUAAUACAGAAGGAUUAGAAGAAGAGAAAAAUCAAUGGAAAAAUAAGUUUAUUUAAUUAAAUAAGCAGUUUAAUGAGACAGAGUAAUAAGUUGUUGUUUUGGAAAAUGAAAUUGAUAUGUUGAAACAGCAAUAAAAAAAGUCUGAAGUUAAGGUAUCUUUUAUAAUAUUAUCAAUUAGACUACUACUAGAAGAAGAACAAUAGCAAAAGAAAUAUCUUAACCUUGA